UUUAAAACAGUCAAGUGUAUGGUUAAAUAAUAAAAAUAAUAUAAUAAUUAUUAUUAUAAAACAUUGAUCCGAUUGAAAAAGUAUCCCCCAAAAACAAGAAAACAUUUUUUUUAAAUAAUGUGCCAAUAUCGGAUUUUAAAAAUUCUUAUUAUAAUUUCAAAUGUUAUAAAUUUAACGUUCGGUAUGACAUUAAUCUUAAUGGGAAGUUAUGUUCACCUAUUCCUCAGUACAUAUAUAGCUGAUAUACAUGUGCAUAUAUUGUCUUUAACAUUUGCAAUGAUAGCACUUGGGUGUUUACUCUUUUCCAUUGGUAGUAUUGGCGUACUUAGUGUUUGGACUGGCAGACGUGCAAUUAUCAUUAUAUAUAUAGGACUUUUAACAGUAUACGUGAUCAGUGGAAUACUGAUAGUUAUAACUACGCUGAAUAUACGCAGUAAGGUGGGAAUUUUAUUUCAUGAUGUGAUACAGAAUGCUGCAAAUCAAUAUAAAAUUAAGAAUAGUUCAAGGCGUUAUAUAGAUACAAUACAGAAACAGCAUAAAUGCUGUGGAGUAACUUCAUAUCAGGAUUAUACCGCAUGCUCAAUGCCAGCGUCGUGUUUUCCUGCUGACAAUGGUGGACCAUAUGAAAAUGGUUGUCUUGCUCAACUGGACGGUUAUAUUCAACAGUGUUUAUUAUUCAUCAUGACGUGUAUACUCACUUGUAUACCGAUUGAAAUUGCAUCAGCUAUUACUGCUAUACUAUUGUCAGUGAAAAGAGAAACAAUAUCCUGGAAAGAACAAAUCACCUUUUGUUGAAAUACUGAAUAGUGAGAAGAUUAUUUUGUCUGAUGAAAUACUUCUUUUCCUUAGUCGUCUUUUUCUUCUCCUUCUAAUGGUUGCUUUCUCUGUUCUGAAUGGUUGAAAACUGCCCUAGAUGUCAUUGUCUUCCUAGACAGCAUCUUCAGCGCAAAUUUGAAUGACAUAUUUCUGUUUGUUUUGGAAUUUUGUCAUUAUAUGCAUUCGGUUGACCAGUAGACUAUUACUAUUCCAUCUUAUACUUGUACUUCAAUAGUGUCUACCGUGUAAUUACAAUCUGUCUUUUCACUGACUGUUUGUCUUCUAAUUUUCAUCGAUUUAUAUCUGCAGAGCCUGAAGAAGAAAAAAGAGAAGUUAUAGAUAUGCUCAGAAAAUGUUCUUAUUCACUUCUUUUUGUCCGAAUUGUUUAAACAUUUUCUAGCAGAUAUUAUUCACCUAACACGUCACCAUACUACCCCCAUCUAGUUUGAUGACCUACACAGUGUUUAUUUCUUUAAUUUGUAUAAUUGGUAUUUCUUAUUUUACUUAAUUAGUGAUCGUUUUGACUGUACUGUGUAAUAAAGAACAGAGGGAACUUGAGCACAGAAAGAACAAAAAUAUUGGGGCAAAAUAUUAUCGAUCCAUUUGAUUUCUCCGCUUCUCAUCAGCUGCUCACAGCCUAUACUCUUUGAUCAAUAAAUGUCAGUGUGAAAUUUAACAUACUUCUGUCUGUCAAUAAGCAUGUUGAAAGAGCGUCAUAGAGAGAUGGAACAUCAGGAUUUUAAGAUAUCUGAAGUAUUAUAGUAAAUAUAUAUAUAUAUAUAUAUAU